CACUGGAGGAGAAACCGGGAACCGUUCACCGUGCGCCGCGCACGUCCUAUCCACACUCCCCCGGUCGACUCCACACACACCGCGCUCCAAGCUCUCCCACCGCAAGACCUCGCGCUCGCAUCCAUGGCCGCGGCAGCCAUUUCCCUCUGCGGCUCGCGCUGCGUCGGCCCGAGCCGGACGCCCGAAUCUCGCCUCGCCUCGCAAGCCGCCGCCGCGCCGUGCGCGCGGCCGUCGUCGUCGCGCCGAAGGCUGGUGGUCGUGGCCGCCAAGUCGUCGGGGAAGAAGGCGGACGAGAAGGUCCCCUCCUGGGCCCGGCCGGGCUCCGACGAGCCUCCUCCGUGGGCGCGCGACGAAGGCGGGGCCUCGGGGCAGGAAGGCGACGCCGUCCAGGUUCCUUUCUACGCGUACCUGCUCGCGUCCGCCGUGACGGCCAUCGCCGCCAUCGGGUCGAUAUUCGAGUACACGAACGGGCGGGCGGUGUUCGGCGUGGUGGGCACGGACAGCCCCCUCUACGCGCCCAUCCUGGGCUUCUUCGCCGUCACCGGCAUCCCGACCUCCGGGUAUCUGUGGUACAAGGCCGUGCAGACGGCGAACAAGGACGCCGAGGAGCAGGACCGCAGGGACGGCUUCCUCUGAUUUGGUUUUCUUUAACAUGUAAUCGUCUUUGUUCUAGAGUACCAGCCUUUUUGCUGGUUGUGCUUAAUGUUAACACAAUUGAGCAUAAAACAUCACGAGGCUAUGGGGAAAUUAGAUUUGUUGCUAUGUUGAAUGCAUGUCUGGUGACCAUGUCCUUGUC